CUGGGCCGCCAAAUGUGCAUCACUGAUAAAGGGUAGCAUUGCAAUUGAAUCGUUGACUGUGUUGUAGUUGUCCUCCUAUAUUCAUUUUACGGGAGGCAGGAGCCGUAAUAUAGAAGAAAAAUCAUGGAUGGUGGUCAAUCAAAAGACACGGAUCCGCAGUUUAUAUCCUUCCACGAUUUCCCAUCAAUAAGUCAUGCUGAAAACUCGGAGGGACAGCUGGGCACCGGAGCUUCCACUCACCAGCCCUUUAAUAACCUUUCAAAUGACUCGAUGGGUAUCGGCAUGAUCGAAGAUUUACAAGGAAUGCCCGCUAAAACUGAAGAUACUGCCCAGAACAACUUCUGGACAAUUGAGUAUUACCAAAAGUUCUUUAAUGUCAAUACAAAUGAGAUUUUGGAGAAGCUCAUGCAUUCCAUGAUACCACAUGGUAACGACAAUUAUUUUAUAACGCAUAUAAAGCCAAAUCCAGAUUUAUAUGGGCCUUUCUGGAUAAGCGUGACUCUAGUGUUUGCUAUCGCAAUUAGCGAAAACGUGGUAAACUAUUUGCAGACUGCUAAUUCUAGCAAGUAUCACUGGAGAUAUGAUUUUCAUAUUGUGACGUACGCAGCCACUAUUAUAUCUCUCUAUGUGUUGCUUGCACCAUUAUUCCUAUGGGGUACAUUAAAGUGGCUCAACAAAUAUCAUACGUCGGGAGAGGAAUUGAUCCAGUCUUAUCCCGUCCCAGGACUCUUAGACCUUUUGUGUCUGUAUGGAUAUUCCUUAAGCAUUUUUGUUCCAGUAGCUUUCCUGUGGAUAAUUCAAAUUGGCUGGUUACAAUGGAGUCUAGUCAUACCGGUGACGGUUUUAUCUGGAGGAGUUUUACUACGAUCAUUAUUACCAGCAUUUGAAAGGGGUAAAUGGAGGAUUCUAUAUGGUGCUACAAUUCUGAUUAUGCAUCUACUAUUGGCAAUGGAACUUAUGUUGCAGUUCUACUACGCGUCAUCUAAAAGUACUACUUCAGUCAAUAUGACUGAAUUGGUAGCAUCUUCUACACAUACCAGUGUGUUGCAUAAAGUAAUACAAAAUAAUAGUUCCGUCGUACCGCCAACGACAUUUUGAAAUGACCAAAUGCAAAUCUAAUAAGAAUUAUCUUCGACACUAUCAAGAAAAUUCGUUUAUUCAUGUGUCUAUAUCAGAUUUAAUUCAAAAUACUGUUUUUUAUUUAUAUAUCAAUCAAAAUAUAUAGGCACAUGGCGUUAAUCGUAUAUAGAAUAAUAUUUGAAUAUGUAGAUUAAUAUAAUAUAUAUAUAUAACUAUAAACUAUGUUAAGGUAAGAAUAAAAAAUAUCGUGGUCCCUUAGGCAUGCAUUCCUCCGAAAACGACACAAUUUAAUAAAACUUUGCUCCUGCUACGCGAUUGUGUUUCAGGGACAAGUGACAAGACUAGCGAGAAGUGUUUGGUUGAUUUAUUUCACAGCCCUACUGCAAUAUAGGGACGCGUUACAUCAACGCAACACACAUAUCAUUUACAAUCAUACGAAAUAAUCUCCACGACGUUGUACAUAAUGCAUGAUCGCGCGGUAUUAGUACUUAUAAUACAAUAGAUUAUUACAUUAUUAAUCGCACAUAAUUUAUUAGUAUCUUGCUCGUUUACCAAUGUGACAAAAGGCAACAUUCAUUUUGUAGUUGUUAUCAUUAAUGUUAUUAUCGUCAGUGUAUUUAAUACAUAUAUCGUGACAAUAGUAAUUCACUCACUAUUGCGAAUGAAUGUACAUCUUAGUGACCAACCGUCCCAAAUUAGGAGGGACAAUCCCAAAUUUUUAUUCUUUAUGCCACUUUACAAUGCGUCUGAAAUUUUGUCCUAAAUUAAAGACAUAAUUAUAAAAUGCUCCUCUUUUAAGUGUGAAAAUAAUAAA